UGAGAACGACGUCGUUACCAUCGUGCAGGAUGAUUAUGACGGCGUUGAACGGAAUCCCAAUUCUGGUGAAAGAUGCAAUUGUGACGAAGGAUAAGAUGAACACAACGGCUGGUUCAAAUGCGCUUCUGGGUUCAGUGGUGCCUAGAGAUUCAGGGGUGGUUUCAAAGCUCAGGAAAGUUGGGGCUAUCUUAUUAGGGAAGGCUAGCUUGAGCGAGUGGUCCCAUUUCAGAGGAAAUGGUAUUCCUAAUGGCCAAUGGCUGGAGUGCCAUACGAGGACAAAGCAAGCGAGGAGCUGUGCUGGUUGACAACUUGGAGAUAGAUAACGUUGAAAUAAUUGAUGCUGAAAUAAUUGAAACAACUGCAUUGUUGGCAGAAUUCAAACUAGCCAUGAACUCGUACCUCAAAGAUUUGAUUUCUUCUCCGGUGAGAACCUUAGCAGAUAUUAUUGACUGCAACAACAAAUACGCAAACUUGAUCCAUUAUUCUGUUUCUGAUCUCUCCAAAUCAAGCUUGAGCUUCCAUUCUCACUAGUUUCUCCAGCAAUAGUCGCCUCUCCAGUCUAUAUAUUUGCCA